AUGGCGUUCUUUACAAACUUUUCAUUGUAUGCAGUGUCACGCAGAGUAUUGAAAGUUGAAGGCCAAAGAAAGAAUGCUGACAGAACUUGCAGAUCAGUUGGUAGUGAAUGUGUUGAUGCAACUUCUAGUGAAAAUGAAGCUGACAUGAACAUGGAGGCACAAUACGAGAGUGAUGCUGAACCAGAUGAAGCUGGUAGGAAGCAAAAGGAGGCAACUGCUGAUGAUCGGGUUGAUACAAGAGAACUAAAUGAAGAGACUAUGAGCAGGAACCCAUCUACUAAUGGAAGGUGGGGUUCUUCAUUUUGGCAAGACUGCCAGCCUAUGUGCUCUCAGAAUGGAGACUACAGAAAUGUAGAUGAAUCUGAACAUCAUUCAUCGGAAGGAAGAGAAGAAAGAUUGGGCUCAGCAGAAGAAGAUGGACACGAGGAUUCAGGAAAAGGUCAAAGGGGACAUUCCGAUGUUCCUGCUGAAGAGAUGCUGUCUGAUGAGUAUUAUGAGCAGGAUGGGGAAGAACAGAGUGACUCGAUGCAUGCCAGGGGUUUUCGUCGAUCUACGGCAUCAAAUUCAUGCCUUCAACGGAAGUCGACUAAUGUCAAUAGGGGUGUUGUGCAUAGGAAAUCUAGGAUUUUAGAUGAUUCUGAGGAUGACGAUGGUGAUGCUGAUUAUGAAGAAGAUGAAUCAGAUGAAGAUGAUCCUGAUGAUGCAGACUUUGAACCUGCAACAAGCCGUCGUGGUGCAAACAAGGAUAAAGAUCGGGAAGGAGAGGACUCAGAUGAAGCUGAUGAUAGUGAUGAGGACAUAGAUGUUUGGGAUAACGAUGAUUCUUAUUUAGACAAGAAGGCUAAGGGAAAGCAGCGAGGUAAAUUUCGACGAAGUGUAAGACCAACCAGAGAUCGUAAAGCAUGUACUGCAUCCAGUCGACAAAGAAGAGUUCAAGCAUCUUUUGAAGAUGAAGAUGAUGACUCUACAGCAGAGGAUUCUGACAGUGAGAGUGAUGAAGAUUUCAUAAGCUUGAAGAAGAGACGUGUGCAUGUACGCAAGAAUAAUGUCCGAUCACCUGCACCCACAAGUUCAUACAGGCACAGCAUUGAGGUUCGCUCUUCUACUAGAACAGUUAGGAAAGUAUCAUAUGUUGAAAGUGAUGAAAGUGAAGCUGCUGAUGAAGGGAAGAAGUCUCAAAAGGAAGAAAUUGAAGAAGACGACAGGGACUCCAUUGAAAAGGUGCUUUGGCAUCAGCCGAAAGGCAUGGCUGCAGAGGCUCAAGAGAAUAAUCAAUCAAUGGAGCCUGUUUUAAUGAGUCACUUAUUUGAUUCUGAACCUGAUUGGAACAACAUGGAAUUUUUGAUAAAAUGGAAAGGCCAGUCACAUUUGCAUUGUCAGUGGAAGUCAUUUAUCAUGCUCCAAAAUCUCAGUGGUUUUAAAAAAGUUUUGAAUUAUACCAAGAGAGUGACAGAGGAAAUCAGGUACAGGAUGAGAAUAUCGAGAGAGGAGAUUGAGAUCAACGAUGUCAGUAAGGAGAUGGACAUAGAUAUUAUCAAACAAAACAGUCAGGUGGAAAGAAUAAUUUCAGAUAGGAUUAGCAAAGACAAUUCUGGCAAUGUUAUUCCAGAAUAUUUGGUCAAGUGGAAAGGACUGUCUUAUGCUGAAGUGACCUGGGAGAAGGACAUUGAUAUUGCUUUUGCUCAAGACGCUAUUGAUGAAUAUAAGGCUCGCGAGGCUGCAAUGUCAGUGCAAGGAAAGAUGGUGGUAGAUCUUCAGCGUAGGAAGAGCAAAGCAAGUUUACGGAAACUUGAUGAACAGCCGGAAUGGUUGAAGUGUGGAAAGCUUCGUGACUAUCAACUUGAGGGUCUGAAUUUUCUUGUUAACAGUUGGAUAAAUGAUACAAAUGUCGUUUUAGCUGAUGAAAUGGGUCUUGGUAAAACUGUUCAGUCAGUAUCUAUGCUUGGUUUUCUACAGAAUGCCCAGCAAAUCCACGGUCCUUUUCUUGUAGUUGUCCCAUUGUCUACGUUAUCGAACUGGGCCAAAGAAUUCAGGAAGUGGCUUCCUGAUAUGAACGUUAUUGUUUAUGUUGGUACUCGUUCAAGUAGAGAGGUUUGCCAACAAUAUGAAUUUUAUAAUGAGAACAAAGCUGGCAGGCCAAUUAAAUUCAAUGCACUGUUGACUACAUAUGAAGUAGUUCUGAAGGAUAAAGCUGUUCUCUCAAAGAUCAAAUGGAACUAUCUGAUGGUAGAUGAGGCUCAUAGACUUAAAAAUAGCGAGGCCCAGUUGUAUACCGCACUUUCAGAAUUCAACACAAAGAACAAGUUGCUGAUCACCGGGACUCCACUGCAAAAUAGUGUUGAAGAGCUAUGGGCCUUGCUCCACUUCCUUGAUUCUGAUAAGUUCAAGAGCAAAGAUGAAUUUGUCCAAAACUAUAAGAAUCUAAGUUCUUUCAAUGAAAAUGAGCUUGCUAAUCUUCAUAUGGAAUUGAGGCCUCACAUACUUAGAAGAAUUAUCAAAGACGUAGAGAAAUCGUUACCCCCCAAAAUUGAGCGUAUUCUUAGGGUUGACAUGUCUCCUCUGCAGAAGCAGUAUUAUAAGUGGAUUUUGGAACGCAACUUUCAUGAUUUAAACAAGGGAGUUCGAGGGAACCAGGUUUCUCUUCUAAAUAUUGUGGUAGAAUUGAAGAAGUGCUGUAAUCAUCCCUUCCUGUUUGAAAGUGCUGACCAUGAUUAUGGUGGGAACUCUGAAAGUAGUGACAGUAGUAAACUAGAGAGAAUUGUCUUUAGCAGUGGCAAGCUUGUCAUACUUGAUAAGCUUCUUGUCAGAUUGCAUGAGACAAAGCAUCGUGUACUGAUUUUCUCUCAGAUGGUUAGGAUGUUAGAUAUACUGGCACAGUAUCUGUCACUUCGAGGAUUUCAAUUUCAGAGGCUUGAUGGGAGUACAAAAUCUGAGCUGCGACAACAGGCAAUGGAACAUUUCAAUGCACCAGGCAGUGAUGAUUUUUGCUUUCUUCUUUCAACACGAGCAGGUGGUCUGGGUAUCAACCUGGCCACAGCAGACACUGUUAUAAUAUUUGAUUCAGAUUGGAAUCCUCAAAAUGAUCUGCAGGCAAUGAGUCGAGCUCAUCGAAUUGGGCAACAGGAAGUUGUAAACAUAUAUAGAUUUGUUACAAGCAAAAGUGUUGAGGAAGAUAUUUUGGAACGUGCUAAGAAGAAGAUGGUUCUCGACCACUUGGUUAUUCAAAAACUAAAUGCAGAGGGUAAACUGGAGAAGAAAGAGGCCAAAAAAGGAGGAAGCUUUUUUGACAAAAAUGAACUCUCAGCAAUCUUAAGAUUUGGAGCAGAAGAGCUUUUUAAGGAAGAAAGAAAUGAUGAAGAAAGCAAGAAGCGACUCUUAAGUAUGGACAUAGAUGAGAUCCUCGAAAGAGCAGAGAAGGUUGAAGAAAAGGAAAAUGAGGGUGGACAAGCACAUGAGUUAUUAAGUGCCUUUAAGGUUGCUAAUUUUUGUAAUGACGAAGAUGAUGGAAGUUUCUGGAGCCGAUGGAUAAAAGCUGAUGCUGUCGCUCAGGCAGAGAAUGCUCUUGCUCCUCGUGCUGCAAGAAAUAUCAAAAGCUAUGCAGAGAAUGAUCAGUUCGAAAGAAGUAAUAAAAGAAAAAAGAAGGAAAGUGAACUACCUGAACGUAUUCCGAAACGUCGGAAAGCAGAGCAUUCAGCUCAUGUAACACCAAUGAUUGACGGAGCAUCUGCCCAAGUGAGAAGCUGGUCAAAUGGAAAUUUGUCUAAACGAGAUGCACUCCGUUUUUCCCGUUCGGUAAUGAAAUUUGGGAAUGAGAGCCAAAUCAAUUUGAUUGCUGCUGAAGUUGGUGGUGCAGUAGAAGCAGCUCCGCUCAAAGCACAAGCAGAACUCUUCAAUGCUUUGAUUGAUGGCUCUAGAGAAGCAGUGGAAGUUGGAAGUCUGGAUCUGAAGGGGCCUUUGUUGGAUUUUUAUGGUGUCCCGGUGAAGGCAAAUGAGUUACUUAUCCGUGUUCAAGAACUUCAACUGCUAGCAAAGCGCAUUAGUCGGUACGAAGAUCCUGUUGCACAAUUCCGUGUUUUAACAUAUCUCAAACCUUCAAACUGGUCAAAAGGUUGUGGAUGGAAUCAAAUUGAUGAUGCAAGAUUGCUUCUUGGAGUACAUUAUCAUGGAUUUGGUAAUUGGGAAAUGAUAAGAUUGGAUGAAAGGCUUGGUCUUAUGAAAAAAAUUGCACCAGUAGAACUACAGCACCAUGAAACUUUCUUGCCGCGAGCUCCAAAUUUGAGAGACCGGACUAAUGCCCUGUUGGAGCAAGAACUCGCUGUUCUUGGUGUGAAAAAUGCCUAUAGCAAAGUUGGAAAGAAGACUUCCAAGAAAGAUAAAGAACAUCUUUUAGACAUCUCAUUGUCACGUGUGCAGGAGAAAAAGAAAAACACAGGUUCUUAUAAAGUUGAUGUCCAAAUGAGAAAGGAUAAACUUCAGAAACCUCUAAAAGUUGAACCUAUUGUAAAGGAGGAGGGUGAAAUGUCUGAUGAUGACGAGGAAGUAUAUGAGCAGUUCAAGGAGGUAAAAUGGUUGGAAUGGUGUCAAGAUGUGAUGGUUGAAGAAGGGAAAACUUUGCAACGUCUUCAGAGGUUGCAGAGAACCAGUGCCGAUCUUCCGAAGGAGAAGGUGCUUUCAAAAAUCCGUAACUACUUGCAGCUUCUAGGGCGAAGGAUAGAUCAUAUUGUCUCAGAACAGGAGGUCGAACCCUAUAAGCAAGAUAGAAUGACUACAAGAUUGUGGGAGUAUGCUUCUACCUUUUCCCAUCUUUCAGGGGAGAGGCUUCGCCAAAUUUAUUCAAAACUUAAAUUGGAGCAAAAUGCGGCAGGGGUUGGCCCCUCUCUUCCCAAUGGGUCAGUAUCUGGUCCAUUUAGCCGAAAUGGGAACACUAAUCAUUUCCCUCGUCAUAUGGAGAGGCAGAGGGAACUCCAAAAUGAGACUGCCUACCGAGUGACCAAACCAACUAGUGAGACAGACAUGUCUGACGCAUGGAAACGAAGAAGAAGAGCUGAAAAUAAUGGCCAUGGUCAUUUUCAGGGUCAGCCACAACCUCGGAGAGUCACGAGUAAUGGAAUUCGACCGCUAGAUACUAACUCGAUGGGCAUCCUUGGGGCAGGACCAUCUGAUAAACGUCUUGCUGGUGAAAAGCAUUCAAGACUCAACCUGGUGGGUGUCCUUCAAGACAAGAAUACUCUCCGGGAAGCGAGUAGUUAG